AUGGUCAAGAGGGAGCCCCCUGCCCACGACGACACGGACAUCGAUAUGGAUAGAGCGCAGCCACCGCCCGACGGCAACAACACACACGCUUCUAUGCCUUUCCGCGCACCCAGUGCACCGAUUUCCGUUCGUUCGGCGGCCACCACACCCUUCGCCACCGAAACAAAUGACUCCACGUCCGCAUCGACUGCCCCUACCACGAAUAGCGACGUGGACAUGCAAAAUGUCAACAGCACGCCCUCAGCCUCUGCUAUGCAGACCAUGGGACAGCCCGCCCGUGAGCUGAUCAAGGCCAUCCAGAGACUGGAGGCACUCAGCAUCAAAACCACUCUGCCAUCGCUGCCCAAAUUCGUCGUAGUCGGCGAUCAGAGCGCGGGCAAAUCGAGCCUUAUUGAGGCUGCGUGUGCCAUCACGCUGCCGCGCAGUGAAGGCACCUGCACGCGCUGCCCCUUCCAGAUCACCACGACCGCGUCCAAGGAAGGCCAGCCCGAUUGGAGCUGCAAGGUGGUCUUGCAUAUGAAGUACAUGCCCAACGAAGAUGCGCACAACGACGGGGAGCCUUUCGACGGAUGGGCAAGCAUGGAGAAGGUCAUGGAGCUUCCUUUUGCACAAGUCAACGCGAAGGAAGACCUCGACCUCGUUCUUCGCAAAGCGCAGCUCGCUAUUCUGAAUCCGGAAACGGAUCCGGCUCUGUUUAAAGGUCUGAACGCGGCAGAUGUUACACGCAAGCAGCACGAGGCACUCAAGUUUCGAUUUUCGCCCAACGUCAUUAGUCUGGAGAUCACCGGACUGGAACUGCCAGACCUGUCAUUGUUCGACCUCCCCGGUGCAAUUAACGCCACCGAGAAUCAUGACGAUCAGUAUCUUGUGGACUUUAUCGAGGUAUGUAUGCCGCAUCCUCCCUAGCGCGCAGACACUUGCCAUUUCAUUGCUAACUCUUGUAGGCUCUUUUGACCGUCUACAUCCGUGACGAAGCCGCCUUGAUCCUGCUGGCAUGUGCCGCUAACCAAGACGUCCACACCUCGACCGCGUUUCGCUAUAUCCGUAAGCAUAAGGCCAUGCCGAGAUGCAUGGGCGUCCUGACAAAGCCCGACCUGCUCGAAGGCGGAAAGACCAAAUGGGAGUCGAUCCAAAAAAUGCUGCACGGUGACAGUAAUACCUUCCAAAUGGGAUUGGGUUGGUACACGACCAAGCAGCUCUCCCAGAAGGAGAUGGAGUCGGGGAUCUCGCACGAGGAAGCUCGCCAGCGCGAGGCGGCCUUCUUUGCGCAGGAUCCAUGGAGCGGCAGCUUGAGUCCGUAUGCGGCCCGCUUUGGCAUUCGCAAUCUCCAGAAGGCACUCUCUGAGCUGCUUACGACGGAUAUCAUCAACAAUUUGCCGGAGAUUCUGCAUCGCGUGCAGUCCAGGCUGCAGCAAGUCAACGGCGAGCUUGCAUCCUUUCCAGAAGAGGCCGCAGCUCCUAGCCUGACGGUCAUAACAGAGAUUGAUACUCUGAAGACCGCGAUCAUCAAAGAGAUCGACCCAAAUAGCGCCGAAAGCUCAUUCCGGUCUGGGUAUCAAAAUGCUUUCCGUAAGCUUAGCGACAACCUGCUCGCGAACAAGCCGGACGCGGUCCUAGAGACGCCAGGGUUCGUCAAGCCAAGCAUCUCUCUUGAUGACAGCCAGGAAGACUACGAAAUGGAUGAAACUCCUUCGAAGAGAAUCAAGACGAACUCUGGCGGCUCCAUUCGCACUCCAAUUCGCCCGACACCCAGUCGUGAAACUCCAAGUUCGUCUCGAAUGCAGAACACAGCCCCAAAUGGUCGUCGUCGCACUGCUCCCCAGCAAUCGCAGCAGCAGCAGCAGGCAGCGCCACAUCGCCAUCGAAUCAUCUUCAAACUCGGAGAGAUCAGGGAGAGGUACGACUCCGCCCCGGGUGCCGACAUGCCGGGCAGCGCGUCCGUCCACGUCGACCGCAAGCUGAAGCUGGAGCCUCUACAGUGCUGGACUGCGAUCGUGGACCACUCGCUUUCCGAAAUCGAGGUGCUCUUCACCAAGACGCUCAAGCAGACCGUCGCACGCGCACUUACGCCUCGGAAGCGUACCGAAUUCUUCUCCCAGGCCCUGCAGAUCUGCCGUGACCUGCUCGGAGAGCUUCACCACGAGCAGGUUCAAUUCGCAUACAAGAUGAUUCGGGCGAACCAGCACCGGCCCAUCACGUACGCGAAGCAGACGUGGAAAGCCACGGUCUCUACUAUCGAGACUGCUCUGCGCAGGCAGCGCUCUGAGCAGCGCAUCGAUGAACUGUACGACGUGAUGGAGUCCAACGGCCAGAGAGUGCCUCCGAAACCAGAUCAGAAGAAGAAAGGCGCGGCCGAGUUUGCCGCCCUUCUCGUCACCGACGAGUGGGAGCCCGAGAUCAAGGCGCUUGCUCCACCGAUUGCGUACUAUGAGCUUGCCGCGCAGCAGCUCGUCGAUGAGCUAGCGAGGACCUUCGAGGAAGGCUUGAUGUGGCAGUAUCAAGAACGCCUGCAACGCUGCCUACUGGAAGGCCUGCGUGCAAUGGAUGCCGACCACUGCGCGAACCUCCUCGCGGAGGAUCCAGUGAGAGACAGAGAGCGACGUCAGCUGCUAGAGGAGAAGCGAAAACUCGAGCAAGCACUGGCAGAUCUGAAAGACCUGCCUGCUGCCCAUGCCCAAGCGAAAUAA